CAGCCAAGCUUUAUAUUGAAGGAGGACAGCAGAGCAUGGGUUUGUUCACUGAAGAAAGAAAGGCUCAGCUGUGCUGCAUAAUCUUUACAAUUCAGCAGUAUGAAAAUCAAGGCACUGAUUCUCUUCCUGUCAGCAAUGAUCUGUCAGUCCACAGCUAUGAGAGCACCAUUCACUGACAUGGAUACACCUGAAGCCAGUCCAGACUCUAAGCAGCACUAUCUCUCAAUGGAGCGGAGGCAAUUUGACGAGCCCAACGCUUCGGACGACGGAAGCCUUUGCGUUUUCAUCCAAGAAAAAGAUGAAUCGAGUAAAAUUUCCUGCAAACAUCGAUUAACACGCAGUAAAUUCAACUACAAUCCAUUUGGGCUGCGUUUUGGGAAGCGAAAUCAAGCGACAACUGACUCUGACAGACCCAAACACGAGCACCUGCUGCCAAUGAUUCUUUACCUGAGAAAACAAUUAGAAACUUCGUGAAAAUAACUCUUCAUCAGUUGGAAGGAUGUGGUUUGCUUCGUUGAAAACUGCGGGUAAUUAUUUCAGGCACGCUUUGCCGGUUA